AUGCCUUCUAGUACUCGCCGAACCACACGUUCUAACGCUGCCAUCGCGGAUGGUAAUUCAGCAUUACCUGCAGCUAAACGCUCACGUCGUCAACCGGCUGUCACAACUUCUCAACACCAACAUGCUUCUUCAGCUUCCGCCAACACAGAUAUGAAUCUUUUACCCACACCGGCAGCUUCUCAGCAACCACAAGUUCGAUCGAAUCAAAUCCAACCACCACUAUCUGCGCCUACUGAUGAACCAGAAUUAGAUCUAGAUGUCCAUGAGAUCAAUUUGCGAAACUAUCACCAAGUAAUAAAACACUGGCCUCUCGGACGCAUUGCAGACCAACUCAAUCGUCAGAAAUCGUCCAACCACCAGAUCAGUGAAGCUGUUAUUGCUGAAGGUAAGGCGGUUCUAAAACGUUUAGAAAUAUCCCUUCACAUGAUUGCAAUGGUUUCUCAUAUCAACAUCCUCACUUUGAAACGUUCUUUGGGACUUAUUGGUGCGACACAUGCCGAUAAUCCUUGGCAUAAGUGGCUGAGUUUUGCUAAGGAUGCCAACAAGCUACCAAUGCCAACUCGAGGAGACCCAAAUUCAGCAGCCAUUCUGGCAGCUCGCAAUAAAGCCAACAAACGUGCUUAUGACGCGCUCACUUUAGACGAACUUGCCGUGUUCAAAUCACCGAUGUUCUUUGCUCUCGGUGGUUAUCCUGAUUAUUCAGCCAUCACUUUCUCGGACGACGACUCUAGCGAUGCUGCCGUUCUUAUUCCUGAAGUCCCCAAACUCAGUGAAGCAGAUGAGCUUCGAUACCGGCCUAUCUACGACAAACUAGUGAAUACGAAGAAAGUGGACAGGGAUCGGGAGCUUAAUAAAUCUGCGUCUUCUGCUGCCAAGGAGGAAAAACGUUCUCUCCUGAGUUUUAAGAAGAUAGCGCAACAACUUGAACGUGAUCGUCAACAGUUAGGAAUGGAUUACUAUAUCAUUGCAUGUAGUAACAAUGGAGGGGAAGGAUGGUGCCGAGAACAUAGUAGCAAUGAGGAUAUUGUUCGGUGGGUUGGUGAAAAGGCACAAUUGCCGCGGGUUUUUCAACUUUAUUGUCAACAUGGAUCACUAUUCGAAGAUAUCCAAGCUGUUUCUGCUAAGAAUGGACUACCUGCAAAGCAGGCAUCAACCAACCAAUCCGACAUUGAUAAGAAGGAACUGGGUGGGAAGCUAAAUGAGCUUUAA